AUGCCUACAAUAUUUGAACUUCCAUUAAAAAACAAGAGAAAUACAUUUUUCGACAUUUACCUGGAUAAAUCAUCACAUCUAUCUCCAGUAACUUUUGAAUAUAGUGUGAUUGGUUCCGUUUUUAGAUAUAGUGAAUUUUUAAACUCUACGAUAAGUACGAUGUCAACGUCAAAGUCACCAAUAUCCCCUGAUGAUCAUGAAUUCGUUGUCCCGAAAAAAUCCAUUAAAGUACCUAGUGAUAUGACAAUUUGGGAAAAAUCGGAAGCAUAUUGUGUAAGAAUUCGUAUAAUACACUUUUUUAUUACAUAUCAUAGUUAA